AAACUUGUGUUACUUUUUUUGGUUUGGUUCAUACUGUUGCAAUCAUGCGAUAAUCAAAUUAAUUUACUGUUUUAACUAUCAGCCAUUCAAAUAGUUAGGUAUUAGAUUAAAAGUGCCAUUCUAUUGGCCAAGUGUCCUAUUACCGGUGUAAACCUGAUGACUCGCGCCGAAAAUUGACAUAAGCACAUGUACGUGAAUUUUACUUUUGUCAGCACUUUUCCGGCUUUUUCAACAUUGGUCAUCUUCACACCUAGCGCUAACAUUUUAAAUUAGUACAAUCCUAAGUGCAAGAGAAACAGCCCCAUAAUGAGCGAUUGGGAUGAUACUGACGCCCUAGGAUCAUCGUCUGCGAAAUCUUACGAUCAACAAGACAGCUACGGUGAUGAUGGAGGUUUCGAAAAUCGGCGUGGCGGUGGAGGCGGUUUUCGAGGACGCGGUGGAAGAGGAGGUCGCGGAGGUGGACGUGGCGGUCGAGGGGGCGGCCGUAGAGAUGAGAAUGGUGGCUCCAAUGGAUAUUAUCAGCAUGACGAUCGUGGCGAUAACGAUGGUGGCGACAAUGGGUACGAAAAUGGCGGAGGUGAUCGGGAAAACUUCCGUGGACGUGGCAGGGGAGGCCGCGGUGGUCGCGGAGGUCGAGGCCGAGGUGGUGGUGGCCGCGGAGAUUUCGGUGGCGGUGAUAACGACGGGGACGAUAAUAACAAUGACAUUGAUAGAGUGAAAACGGACAAACCUCGGGAGUUGUAUAUUCCACCUCCUCCCACCGAAGAUGAGAAUGAAAUCUUCGGAAGCGGCAUUAGCUCCGGUAUCAAUUUCGACAAGUUUGACUCAAUUAAGGUUAACGUGACCGGAGAAAAUCCACCAGAACCAAUCAAAUCAUUCAGCCAGUCUGGUCUUCGCGAGUACCUGCUGAAUAAUAUAAAAAAAUCGAACUAUACGAAACCGACGCCUAUUCAAAAGUAUGCUAUUCCCAUAAUAAUGGACAAGCGGGAUCUUAUGGCAUGCGCUCAGACCGGUUCCGGAAAAACGGCUGCUUUCCUGCUGCCUAUGAUAAAUACACUUCUGAAUGAUAAUGACGACAUGAUUCCUGGACAACCUUUUGUAGUCAUUAUUGCACCAACUCGAGAGCUGGCAAUGCAGAUUUUUAGCGAGGCUCGAAAGUUCGCAAUGGGAACGAUCUUGAAGGUGUGCAUAGCAUACGGUGGAACAGCGACUCGAGAUCAGCAGGACAAGGUCAACAAUGGAUGCCACAUUCUGGUGGCCACGCCUGGUCGUCUGUUGGACUUCGUGGACAAACAGGUAGUCAGUUUUGAGCGUGUCAAAUUUGUCGUUCUAGACGAAGCUGAUCGCAUGCUGGAUAUGGGUUUCAUACCCUCGGUUCAGAAAAUGAUGAAUCACGAGACGAUGCAACCGUCGGAUGCUCGUCAAACUUUGAUGUUCUCGGCAACGUUCCCCAGCGAAAUUCAAGAACUUGCAGGGCAAUUUUUGAACAACUACAUCUUCGUUGCGGUUGGUAUCGUUGGUGGCGCAAGUACCGAUGUCGAACAAACGUUCCAUAUGGUUACCAAAUUCCAAAAGCGCGCAAAGCUGGAGGAGAUUCUAGAAUCAGGAUCACCAAAAGGGACGCUGGUAUUCGUAGAAACUAAGAGAACUGCUGAUUACUUGGCUUCUCUUUUCUCGGAAACCAAGUUCCCAACGACUUCAAUCCACGGAGAUCGAUUGCAACGAGAACGCGAGGAAGCUCUACGGGAUUUCAAAACCGGAAAAAUGGAUAUUCUGAUCGCUACAUCAGUUGCUGCCCGUGGUCUGGACAUCAAAAAUGUAUCUCAUGUCGUCAACUAUGAUCUGCCUAAGGGUAUCGAUGACUACGUUCAUCGGAUCGGUCGAACUGGCCGCGUGGGCAACAAAGGAAGGGCCACCAGUUUCUAUGAUCCGGACCAGGAUUCGGCCGUUGCUGCGGAUCUGGUCAAAAUUCUAACGCAAGCAAAUCAGGAAAUUCCCGAUUUCUUGCAGGGACUUGGUGGAGGUGGCGGUGGCGGCGGUUCUAUGGGAAGUAAAUUCGGAGGAAGGGAUAUCCGUACGCGAGAUGCCGGUGGCUCUCGGAUGGACGCUCAACCGAAAUCCAUGGAACCCGAGGAGGAAUGGGACUAAAGUUGGACAACUAAAAGAAGUCUUGUACACAUUUUUGUGUAUUUAUCAAAUCAGACGCUGGAUUAGUCUUACUAAUAUUUUUCUUUAAUUUGGAUUCCUUAAAUAUGUUUUUGUUUAAUAUUCUUUAAAAGAAUUCUAUGACAGUUCAAUGUGAAAAUACUAUACCAAUAUUAAAUUGUUCAGAACAAUUUCGUUUGAGGUAUGUAAAAAUUAAAUAAAGUUAUUAAAUGAA